CCUCAAUUCAAAAAGGAUAAGUCCAGAUUCAGACAAGGUUGCAGCAAUAAAACAAAUGCCAAUACUUACGGAUUCAGCAACUCUACGCUCUUAUUUGGGCUUUGUAAACUAUUAAGCAAAGUUUUUUCUGCAGCUUUACAACGUGAGAGCACCCUUAGAAAAACUGCUAGUACCCUGUUAACAGAUCAUCAGCCGUUGGUUUCUAUUUUUGGAUCAAAGAAAGGUAUCCUAGUACUUGCCGCGAGCCGCUUACAACGUUGGGCUCUAUUCUUGAUGAAUUAUACCUUCAAAAUUGAAUACCGCCCCACUCGUCAAUUCGGACAAGCAGAUGGGUUGUCUAGGUUACCACAUGGAUUCGACUGCAGUUUUGAUGAAACGCAGUUAGCGUCUGAGAACCAGGUAAAUCAGUUGCUGGGAAAGCCCGUGACCGCAAAGGAUAUUGCCGAAGAGACGCAGAAGGAUAAGUUACUGAGUCAAUUUCUCAAGUUUGUUCAGUCAGAGGCGGAUAAAGGUUCAGAGCUAUGCAGAUUGAUUAAACCAAAGAACACCUCACAGCGCCUAGUUGUUAACCCAGCUUAG